CCACAGACACACACACACUGAGACACACACUGAGAGCUUGUGUACAGGGCACCGAGAUUCGCUCCUUGCUGGAGACCAGACAAGAUGUCCAAGUAUAUCUCUCCCCAGAAGGUCUCCAGGACCCAGAGCAAUGAGAUGCUUUUACUCAUCUCUCGGCUCCAGAGUAAUGGCGACCAGGUGGAGCACGACAUCCUCAGCACAGAGAACAAGCUGCAGGCGGACAAGAUGUACCUUGCGCAAAAGAAGCCUUUUAGACACCAAGAAGUGAUCAAAGACAGUCUCAGUCGCUCGGAGGAGCUGCUGAGGGACAUGUUCAUGGAUGCGGACAAGGUGGGACGGCUCAAACACCCACAGAGCAAGGAGAUAGAGAAUGAUGUGAAGAAGAUGCACGAACGCUGGGCCAAGCAAUGCUCUGAAUAUCGCGACAUGUAUGAGAAGCUGGAGCUGCCCAAGGAUGACUCCUCUGUUGAUUGGCCUCGUAUCUUAGAGCAGAAGCAGAGAGAGAUCAGCGCAGGUCAGUACGGACCUCAGCUGCCUGAGCUGGAGAAGCAGAUCGGGGAGCACAAUAUCCUGAGCAGAGAACUCGAGUCGUACGGUCCCAAGAUCAACAGCAAAUCUGUCUCCAACCCGGAUGAGCUGAAACGGGUCCAGAAACAAUACCAGAACCUGCAGGACCAAGCCAAGAAGCGUAAGCAGGAGCUGAACACUGUGUACGACUACAUUCAGGGCUGCUCCAAACAGCUGAUGUUCCUGAAUGAGCAAGAGGAAAAGAUCCAGAAACUGGACUGGAGUGACAGGAUGAUGAACCCUGAGGAGGUCCGCAGACAGUACGAGUCUUUCAAGAAGAACGGGCUGCUGGAAGAGGAGGACAACGUUAAUAAGAUCCAGGAGAACGGAAACCGGUUGAUUGAGCUGAAACACCCUGGGAGUCCUGCUAUUGAGGCUCACAAAGAGGCGGUGAGGAACGACUGGCAACAGUUCCUGAACCUCUGCAUCUGCCAGGAGGCGCAUCUGAAAAAUGUGGAGGACUACAGAAAGUUUCAGCGCAAUGCCGAGGCUCUCGACCAGACCAUCAAAAAGCACGAUGCGGAGCUGGACACCAAGUUCUCAAAGUACAAGAGCAGCCCCUAUGCUGCGUCUGACCUACUUCAGCAGUUUGAGGCGGAUGAGAAGAAGGUGAUCGAUAUGUACAAAGAUGUCAAUGACCUGAAGAAGCAGAGCGGGCAAGUCAUGCCGCUGAAAUCCAGACGCACGCCAGUGUCUAAACCCAUGCCAGUCAGCGCGCUGUGUGACUGGGGCGAUGAUCCCAAGUCUGAAAUUAACCGUGGUGAGAAGCUCGUUCUCCGGAACAACAACGACAAUGACAACUGGGUGGUGGCCACCAACAACGGGCAGACAAAGAAGGCCCCCGGCGUGUGCUUCAGCAUCCCUCCCCCGGACCCCGAGGCUCUCGCUCAAGUCAACAGGUUGGAGAAGGAGAUCAAUAACCUGAAAAAGAAGCGAGAGACCGUGGAGAAGAACCUGAAAAAGCAGCAGGUGGAGAAGGACCACCUGAGUCAGACCAGCCUGCCGGCCACAAACACAGCCCCAUCAGGAGCCUCUGAUACGGUUGAGAAGCAUUGCAAAGAGCUCCUGCCUAAACUGGAUAAGAUCAACGCGGACAUUGAUCGGACUGAGAAGGCGUUAACAAACCAGCUGCAUACCCCUGUGAACCGCACUGCGGCCCCCCAGGACCUCAAUGACCGUCUGAAGGACCAGCAGCAUAUCAGCAACAAGCUGCAGGACAUUGGGAGAGCAAAGGAGGCCGCCCAGCGAGAUUGCGAAGCUAUCCUUGCGAAGAAGCCCACGUCUUCCUCCGUGCCUCUGCUGAGUGACAAGCUGAACAAAAUGAAGAACAAUUACAAAGACGCCACUGAGCUGGUCUGCCAGGCCCAGGACAAAACGAAUGCUCAGCUCAAGCUGGAAAGUGACAUUAAGAAAGUGGACGAUGUCCUCAAACCCUAUGAGUUGAAUCUCGCUGAGGAGAUGGUGGUUCCUGCUUCACCCAACGCCAUCCAGGACAGGCAGGCUGAAUUACAGAGGUUGAAACAGAAUCUGGACAACGAUCAGGACUCGGUGCAGACCCUGAACCAGAGCCUCAAAAAGACUGAUCAGAGUUGCAAGGCUCUGCAGCUGAACUUCCAGGAGUUCUGCCCCGAUUUCAAAUCCCAACAGGCUGACGUCCAGCAUCUCAAUACCCGCUACAACAACAUCCGAGAUCAACUGGAACGCAGGGAAGCUAUGAUCGAAAACGCUGAUUCCAAAUACAACAACCUCAAAUCCUCUGAGCAAAACCUCAACAGCUUCAUGAAAUCCCUGCCCGUCAACCAGCUCAACCCCAUGGACAGCCUCAGGGAUACGGAGAACAAACUCCGCUCUCAGGAGAAAGUGGUGGCUGACAUCAAGAAGAAAGAACCUGAGAAGAACGCUACCCUCAAACUCUCUCAAGAUCUGCAGUCAGCGCUCAACGACUUUGAAAAGAAUUCUGAGAAAUAUCGGGCGACGCUGGACGACAGCAACAAACCCAUCACCAAGAAGCAGAGGAUUCAGCCGCUCCAGGAUGUUGUUCAGGAAGAGGAAAAGGUCCUGGCCAGUGAAUUUGCCAAAGUUUCAUCUUUAAACCAAGAACGACUGAAACAACUGAGAUACGCCACUGAGGUUAAAGCAAAGCAAGAAGAUAGUCCAAUAAGCCAGACUGUACAGAACAACAAGGCACUGUUUGCAACCAGAAACAUGAAUGAUCUCAAAGAAGAGAUGAUAAAAGAGGCAGAGAAAAUCCGAUUAGCUGAGGCAGAUCUGAAGGAGCAAAAGGAAGAGCUUCAGAUGCUGAAGAUCCAACGACCUGUGGACAUGAAGCAAGAGAAGGAAGUGGUGGACUUUUACCGGGACCCGAAGACAGAAACAGACCUGAAUACCCUGCGAACCAAAAUCCACGAGGAGAGGAAGAAGAGGCAGAACACCGAGAUGGAUAAGAAUGGACUUGUGAAGAAACUCCGUAAUUUGGAAGACAAACAAAACUCCAUUGUGCCCAACCUGCUUAUCAAGGAGGUGACCAGGCUCGAAAAGGAUCCAUUGCUGGACGUCGAGGCUGAAAACCUACGUAACGAUAUCAACAUGUGCAAUCGAGAGACACAACUAACCGAGGGCGAGUUGGAUCACCUGAAGAGGCAGAUCUCCAACCUGGAGAAGACUCCGGUCAACGUGGUAGAAAAGGUGGUGGUUGUAGAAAAGGUCAAAGUGGAAAAGGAUCCCGAGAUGCUCCGAGCGUCCAGAAACCUCCAGAACCAGAUUGACGAGGAGGAUCAGAAGAGACAAACCAUCACUAACAAUAUACGGUCAGUAGCAGAUGAAAUUGACUCGCUGGAGCACAAGAUAAGGAAGAUUACACCUAAGGUCAUCAUUAAAGAAAUCCAAAAGAUCGAGAAAGACCCUGAGCUUCAGAAGGAAUCCUCCAAACUCCGAAAAUGGUGUGAAGAUGAACGUCAGAACAACGCCCUCUUAAGCUCAGACUUGAAUGACCUGCAGAAAGCAUACAAUAUUGUCAAUGAGAAAAAACUAAAGGUAGAAGUCAAAGAAAUUGUCCGCGAGAACUUCCGCGUCGCCCCAGAAACCGAGAAAGAGAUUGUCGAUUUGAAGAAGGAGAUACAAGAACUUUUGAAGAGGAAGAGUCAGCUGGAGAUAGAACUCACGCUCCUUAAAGGAGAUCUGAAUGUUCUCAAGGAUCAGCAACCCCAUAUUGAAUACAAGGAAAUUGUUAACGAGGUAGAGAAGCUGCAAAAAACCCCAGAGAUGCUCAAUCAGAUCGACCAUCUCAAUAAUGAGCUCAAUAAGCUGUCUGACACCUCCAAACGCAUAAAGGAGAAUAUCAACGAUUUGAAGGACGAAAGGGACGAUUGGCGAAAGAGGCGGAAUAAGGUCGAGACUAAAGUGGUGACCAAAGACGUGGUCAAAUAUCUGAAUGACCCAAUUUUGGAAAAGGAAGCGGAAAGUCUUCGUAAGGAGGUCCGCGAUGAGUCCCAGAAACGAAGAGACCUCGAGUCUCUCGUGUUUGACUUGCAGCAGAAGUAUUUGCUGAUUGAGAGACAGAAACCGAAAGAAAAGACCGUUGUCCAGGAGACGGUUCGCUUACAGAAAGAUCCCAAAAUCAUUAGGGAACACGAUAAUCUAGGCAAGAACCUGGACGAUGAACGAAGACUGAGACGCAACCUGGACCGGGAAGUUCAGAACUUGAAAGCUCUCCUGAAAGAAAAGGAAGCAGAAAUCAACCUGGAGGAAGAGAGGAGCAAAAAAUUGCAGUCCUUGCAUGAAUUGAAUCGAAUCAAAGACAGAAUCUAUGAGCUGGAGACGGCUCCUCCCCCGGUGGAAGAGAGAAUUGUCACCGAAGAGGUCCUUAAGAUUGAAAAGGAUCCAUUAAUUGAAAAGGCUUGCUUAUCUUACCGGCGAGAGCUGGAGGAUGAGAAGAACAAAAUAGUCGACUUGGAACAAGAAAAAAAAAGGGUUGAAUUCGAAGUGGAUCUUUUGCACAGAGAGAAAUCUCAAGAAAAGACCAUUUACAAGGAGGUUGUGCGGGUUACGAAAGACAAGGCUCUGGAAGAGGAACGUUCCCGAGCCCGAGACCAGUAUAACAAGGAAAAGAAUUCCAGGCUGGAUGUGCUGGAGGAAAUCCGCAGACUUAAAGAAAGGUUGCAGAAGCUGGACGACAUGAAGAGAACACAUUCCCGCGAGGAGGCUGAGCUGAAGAAGAUGAGGGAUGCAAAUUUACAUGAGAAGGACGCUCUGGAGGAUGAGCUAAAAGAUCUGGAGAACGAAAAGGAACAGAAGACCAGCCAGCAGUUGAAUGAAAGCAAACUUAUGUCUCGACAGCAUGAAAAAGAGAAGGAAAAGAGGAAUCAACUGGGGAACGAGGUAACGGCGCUGGAGAGAGACAUCAUAAAGGAGAACGAUAAGCUCCACGAUCGAGAAUACACCGUCAGGGAUCUCCAAUCCCAGAUCAACAGAGAGGAAGCCCGUCACAGAGAUACGCAGCUGAGGGAAACCAACCUGUCCACCAAGAUAACCAUUCUGGAUUCUGAAACUGGGAAAGAUUUGUCCCCCUACGAGGCUUACAAGAGGAAUCUGAUAGACAGGGAGCAGUACAUCCAAUUGCAGGAGUUGGAAUGUGAUUGGGAAGAGAUUUCAACUCUUGGGCCAUCAGGAGUAACCUCAGUUCUUCGGGACAAGAAAAGUGGCAAGCAUUACUCCAUUGAGGAUGCCUUGAAGAACCGGAAAAUUACCAAAGAAGAGCUUUACCUUUACAGGGAAGGGAAGAUCCCAAUCUCCGAAUUUGCCCUCUUAGUAGCUGGUGAAGAUAAACCAAAGACAUUACAAAGACCAGCGCUCAAACAAACGGAUUAUACUCCACAUAUUGAAAGGGAUAAGUUCCCCAUAGCAGGCGUUUAUGACACCAUGACCAAUUCCAAGUUAAGCAUCAACAGUGGGCUGAACAGGAAGCUGAUUGAUCCCCUAACGGCUCAGAAGAUCUUGGAAGCUCAGGCAGCCACAGGUGGGAUCAUUGAUGUCGGCACCAGAGAGAGGUUUUCAGUCAGCCAGGCGGUAGACAAAGGUCUGAUCGAUAGAGGCCAUAUGCAGAGGCUGCUGAAUGCACAGAAAGCCUUCACUGGCGUUGAAGAUCCCAUGACAGGAGAACGCCUUCCUGUAGGGUUGGCUCUGAAGAAUGGGUGGUUGCCUGCAGAAACUGCACUGCGUUACCUGGAGGCUCAGCACCUCACUGGCGGGCUGGUGGACCCCAAUAAAUCGGGGCGGGUGUCUAUCAGAGACGCGCUGCAGAAUGGGAUGAUUGACAGCAACACGGCCAGGAUGCUUCAGGAAGAGUCCAACUACGUGAAGGAUCUGAUCGACCCCAUGACCAAUGAGCGAAUCCAUUACCGGGAGAUGAUGGAGCGUUGUCAGAAAGACGAGCUCUCCGGCCUGCUGCUCAUCCCAGCUGCUUCCAGCGAGCAGAGCUCUUACCAACCAAACAGUCGCUUUGAUUAUAAACCAAGAUACACAUCAGGCUACUGAUCACUGAUACUGCAGUCUCCGAAUGAUACAGCCUCUCUCUUGCUAUUCACUAAAAGGGCGUGACUCAAAUGGUUUUCAUUUUAGUUUUGGGGGUGGAAAAUGUGGGGAAGACUAGAUCGGAUUUUAUUUCCUCUUACUUCAGGCUUGUUUAUUUGUAUAUUUAAAGGCAUGUAAGGAUCCAGAAGGAGCUUUAACUUUGAUUUCUGAGCUGUGAUUGUGAUCAGUGAUGCGUUACUUGACACAUUGCCAUCCGGAGUUGCAGGAAGUUGACAUUGAUUGUGUUCUAUGUUGUAUUUUACUAUUUUUAUUUUAAUAAACGAACUUGUGAUGGAAA